GUCGCUUUCACCAAUGCUUCAAUCGAUUUGAGUUUUCAGAUCAUGUUCGAUCUAUUACCAAGAUUAGCAGCCCCUUUACCGGGACACAAGAGUAGUACAAUGCCGUCGAUCAUGAUCGAGUGCAAAAUGCGCACUAUUCGCUCCCUAGGCGCCUAGCGGACCCUUCUGGCCACCCGCCGGCGGACAGAGAUAGAUUACAGAUAAAGAGGGACGCAUGGUAUAAGAUAAAUUGAUUCCCACCUUCUCUUGUGUCCAUCGGUUUGCGCAUUCAUUGUACCACGCAAAUUAGACCUUGCCACCCGGAAAGUGAUCGCCAGUUUAGCCGCAAGUUUCCCGCUAUCAAUUACAGGUAACAGGUCCCUACACUAGGUAGAUGGUGGCAAUCAAGAAGCUGACAAUGUGCAGAGGACAUACCUCGAAGGUCGACCCCAUAAUAGCCCGAGCAUCCAUCAUGCGCCUUCCAUACGUUGCGAACCCUCCGCAGACGAGCGAUCCCGAGGAAGCUGAGAUCCUCGCACAAACGCAAGCCCGACGCGCCCCUGGAACUCUGCUACCUUUAGACUUGGCACUGCUGCACUCGUUUCCAGUCACGGAUGGCUGGAAUUCAUUGAUGGGCGCCCUUCGCACGAGAACGAGUCUCUCGACUAUCAUCCGGGAGCUGAUCAUGUGUCGCGUGGCUGUCCUCAAUGAUGCAUUGUUCGAAUGGGAGCAGCACGCCCCGUUGCUGAAGGCAGGAGGAUUCAGUGACGAAGCGCUAGAACUCAUUCGGCAACCAGACAUCUGUCCAGAGGCGCAGAAAAGGGUGCUCAGUCGGGAGGAAAGCGUGGUACUGAAGUAUACGGACGCUAUGACCAAGACGGUCAAGGUGCCGGACCAGAUCUUCCAGGAGGUUAAGGAGUGUUUCGAUGAUAAGCAGGUGGUGGAAAUUACGGCGACGGUAGCGGCCAUGCUAAAUGCUGGCAUGUUUGAUUGGAUCGUAUCUUUAUAGAAUUUCGGUUUUCGGCAGCUGGAUCUUCAGACAUUAUGCCAGGGGAGGGGGGAGGGGGAAUUGAACAUGUAUUGUUUGUUAGCUUUGUUCGGUGUUGUUGCUUUGCGGAGUAUAGUAUGUUUGAUAACACACAACGUGAAUAUAGUCGAUUAGCGAAGAACGAUCGCGAGGAAAACGGGCCCACAGAGCCAAAAGGUGUCAUCAACAAAGCAUAGGUAUAGGCAUAAUAAUAACACCUCCAUAACAUGUCCGAAUUUUCCC